UGGCGCUGAAUCUGAUACGAUAUCGUGGAUGAGAUAAACAUAAAGUGAAUGGAUGAAUUCAGUUUGUUUCAAUAAUUCUUGUACCUGUAGUUGCUGAAUAUCUUGUGAUGAAAUAAAUAGUACCAUUUUUUUAUUUAGUAUAUAAUAUUCAAACAGUAUCAAAAUUCAAGUUCUAAAUGUAGUGUUACAUGCUGAAUCUAAAAUAAUCUUCUCGAGCUUCUUCAACAGAAGAAACAGUCAAAUCUGCUAAAGUUAUUGAAAAUUGAGCAUAUUUUCAAUGCAAAAUAUGAGAGAUUUUUAUUAGUUUCUGUAGUUCUUUCUAAGCUUUUUUAUUAUUAAAAAUAUGGUAACAACACUUGUUAGCAUGAAUUUCUUGUAGAACUCAUCAAACUGUAUCUGCCUAUGUAAAGAUAUCUAGAAAACCACAUUUUGCUCGGCUUUUAAUCAUUCGCACGUUACAAGCGGGAAUUGCACCAGCAACGAACAGAUAUCGUCUAUCAUUAGUUUAUAAUGUUAGCGUUAAGAGACAAAAAGCACAAUUUUGUUCAAAAAUUUUGUUGCCUGUUUUGAAUGAAAAAUAUGUCCAUAAUGUUUGUCUGGCAUUAACAAGUUGUUAUAAAGAUAUUAAAGGCCCAACAAAAUUAAUUAUUCCCUUGGAUUAUGAAUAUAAAAGUAAAUAA